AUGAUUAAUAUAGGAACGUUACGGGAUUUACGACGUCCAGCAUCCCUUAUCGGACAAGAGGUUCCGUAAUUGACUUGAAGCGCACUAAGCACACAAUUUAUUACAAGAAUUGAGUAUUUGCUGGAAAUUGUGUUUUAAUCGUGCAUGUAUGGAUGCAUGUCUUAAUCUUUAGAUGUUUUUACUCGGACAGACCGAAGAGUCCAGUAGGGUGAAUUAUUAUGACUGAUUAGUUCGAUAUACAGUACUGCACAACUUGCCGGGUUCAUACUUUAGCGUUUCGUGACAAGCUAAUACGGUAAUAGGUUCUUUUUGUUGCUAAAAUGUCGGCGUGACAGCACUGCUGUAAAUCUGUAAUGUUACAAUGUUGAUACAUACAAACCGAGGGCAAAGAGACGCUUUAGCUAGAGCUCGGCGAUGUCCGAAAAUAUAUCUAAGCUCGCAGUGAACCAGGACGCGUGGAUUUACGCCAAUUGUAAAGUAACGCGAUGCUAACCCGUUAGCAUCCCAUGUUGCCACGCCCUUGUAAUGACGUAGGGUUGUUCGCUAUUAACCCAUUCAGACGAAGAGCGAGACCCUCCUCAAACUAGACAAGUUAGCUAGCUGUUAGGAUUGGCUAGGUGUGCCGAUUAACGGAGGCUAGACUUUGGCGGAAACAUCCACGUUCACUAAACUUCCACUGCUAGUCGCGCCAUAUGGCCAAGCAUGUAAGCAUCGAUUAGUGUGCUCUGUUGACAGUAUUGGAUUAACCAACUGCUGUUGCCAGUGCCACCAGCUCGUGAUUGACAAAACAUUGUAGUAUGUGAUGCUUGACGGCGGAUUCUACGACUCGUAUUUUUAAGGCUCCAGCACCCCCCGUGACCCUUGCGAGGAUAAAGCGGUACAGAAAAUGGAUGGAUAUUGUUUAGUACGGCUUUGCCAGAAGAGCUAAAAUCAGCAGCGAUGAAGUGGACAUGCAAAAAGGAGCCCAAUACUUUUCUUAAAUGUGAUUACACUCCACUGACACUACCGUUUUCUGUAUUGUUGGAAUUAAAGAGGUGGACAGGUACAAGUUGUGCUGGAGCUGCUCCAUCUAUGGCCAGGAAUUCCACCCCUCAGUUGAAUGUGCUGUGAUAGAAAAGAGUGGACCAGAUAUUCCAUUCUACCAUGGAGGACACACGGUCCAAACCUGCCACUCCGGAGCCCAGUCCCGCACCCAGUCCUGCACCCAGUCCUGCACCUAGUCCUGCACCUAGUCAUGCACCAAGUCCCGCACCCAGUCCGCUUCUGGACAGAAUCCCUUUGCCAUCAGGAAAUCACGUGGAGCACCUGAAUGUGAACCAGAUCCAAGUAGUGGUGAGACGUUGUUCCAGUCCAAAUGUCACAGAGGAAACAACUUACUUUCUUCCUCGCCACCCUGUGGUGGAUGCGGGAACCAACACAGAACCACCACUUGUUUGCUGCCCCUUGCUUCACAGAUUUUGCCCUUGUCCUCCAAGAGGCCUUGUGGCCUCUGUCAUUACAAAAGUCCUCUUGGCCGCGGUACUGUUUGGAGUGGUGUGGUCCGUCACAGAGGACGAAUGUCUUCCAGGUGGUAACCUGUUUGGCAUUACGGUGCUUUUCAUCUCUGCAGUCAUUGGUGGCAAACUGGUGGCUCUGAUUCGGCUGCCCAGACUUCCACCAUUCCCUCCACUUCUUGGUAUGCUACUCAUGGGUGUCAUGCUGAGAAAUGUCCCAGUAAUAACAGACGGUGUGUACAUUAACUUCAAGUGGUCCGCCUCCCUCAGGAACAUUGCGCUGGCGGUCAUCCUAGCCAGAGCCGGUCUGGGUUUGGAUCCCUCGGCUCUGAGGAAGCUAAAGUCUGUGUGUUUGCGUGUGGCAGUGGGGCCGUGCAUCAUAGAGGCCUGCACCAUAGCUCUGGUCUCCCACUUCCUCAUGGGUUUGCCCUGGGUGUGGGGCUUCAUCCUAGGCUUUGUGCUCGGCGCCGUGUCUCCCGCAGUGGUGGUCCCCUCCAUGUUGCUACUGCAGAAGGACGGUUACGGUGUGGAGCAGGGCAUCCCAACUUUGUUAAUGGCAGCGGGUAGCUUUGAUGACAUACUUGCCAUAACAGGGUUCACUACAUGCUUGGGCAUGGCUUUCGCUACAGGUUCCACAUGGUACAACAUCUUGAGAGGUGUGCUGGAGGUGGCCAGUGGCUUGGUUGCUGGGAUCCUUCUUGGCUUCCUCAUCCAGUACUUUCCCAGUCUCGACCAGAAACACUUGGUGAUGAAGCGAUCCUUCCUGGUGCUCGGCCUGUCUGUCUUUGCUGUGUUUGGCAGCGGUGUGGCUGGAUUUCCUGGUUCUGGUGGCCUCUGUACUCUGGUAUUGGCAUUUCUCGCUGGUCUCGGAUGGGGUACAGAAAAGGCACGCGUGGAGGAAGUGGUAGGCUGGGCUUGGGAUGUGUUUCAGCCACUUCUGUUUGGCUUAAUCGGAGCAGAGAUAAGAGUGUCGGAGUUGGAGGGACACACAGUUGGUCUGGGUAUUGCGUCUCUGCUCAUUGCCCUGCUGGUUCGUCUUCUUUUCACCUACGUUUGUGUGUUGUUCGCCGGCUUCAACAUUCGUGAAAAGCUGUUUAUUGCCCUGGCUUGGAUGCCCAAAGCCACUGUGCAGGCAGCUAUUGGCUCCACAGCAUUGGACAUGGCCAGAACAAGGCAAGACGAGCAGAUGCAGAAGUAUGGCAUGGAUGUGCUGACCGUGGCUGUGCUCUCCAUUCUUCUCACGGCGCCAGUCGGAGCCCUUAUAAUAGGCCUGUGUGGACCAUGCCUGUUGCAGAAACCAAAGAACUCAGCCUGUGGUGAGCGAGUCAAACCGAAUUUAUCAGCUUUUUUCUUAGGCACUGCGGUAGGGGACGAUGAGGACAAUGAAACACCGGUCACCUAUGAAAGUACUCUUUGACCUCUCUGAUCUCAAUGCAAACAAUGAGGUGUUGAAUGAAAGAUUCUUUAAUUUUGGAUUUGAGGGCAUAUGUCUGCAACUGCUGUAACACUGUGUACUAGCAUCGAACACUUCAUUGUUACUAUCUAUUUUGACUAUUUCUCUGUGUAUUCUUUAUGGGACACUUGACUCAAGUUUUAAUUUGAAACAAAAAUAAUUGUAAUGACAUGUUGGAUAUGUCAGCUCUCCUUUAGCCACCGAGUGGCCUACUUUGACUUGCUGUCUUCAGACAGCUCCUGCUGUUCUCUCUGUUGCAGGAACACAAGCGUGAAUGACUUAUGUAUUUAUAGCCACUGGUGAUUUCCAGGCCUCAAACAAAUGACCCACAUCUGAGCAUGUAAAUGAAUGGUCAUUCAGUUUUCGAGAGGUAAUUUCAUGUCAGAGUCAAAAUGUUCAUUAUAAUUGAAUGAAUUAGUUUCAUGAAUGGAUUUUUUUUUUUUUUUAAGAUUGUGGUUCUUAUUUGUUCAAAUAAGGGAAUCGGAUUUUAUGGUAAUCCUAAUAAUUACAUCUGCUAGCCUAUUGAGUUAGUUAUAAAAAUGGGAAUUACAAUAGUGUUUUGUUUUGAAACAGGAGCUGGUUUGACACUUAAGUACUAUUUUUUUUUUUAAAUCAAAAUGUGUAAAAACUCAGGAAAAUGUAUAAACGGUAAUUCAAAUAUUUCCCUUUGCUUUGAAAUAGAAGCUGAAUCAUAUUCAGUCAUAUACACUCAUCAUUUAUUAGUCAUUUUUAAUCCAGUUUUGUUACUUUCAUUUGUUACAAAAGUAUGCAGUGUACGUUAAGGCACUUGAAGAUGUUCAAUUAAUUUAAAUUGUGAUAUGUUUUUGUGUGCAGUAUUAGAGUAUUGAUGAAAUAUACAGUAUAUGGAACUGUGAAUUAGUUUUUUACUAAAUAUUUAAUAAAAAUGUUUCCAAGUUGAA